UGUCAGAGAUAAUAUACAUUGUUGACAGUUGUGUGGUUGUCGGUCUUGAAUUUGUGUUAGAGUUUGAAGUAAAGUUUGUUACUGUGUUAGAACGAGGCGCAGCAAUGGUAUCCGUGCUUAACUCAAUUGAUACUGGGCACGAAGAUCUGAUACAUGAUGCCCAAAUGGACUUUUAUGGCCUCCGCAUGGCGACAUGUUCGUCAGAUCAUUCGGUAAAAGUUUUCGACGUUAAGGAUGGAAAUCAAACACUGACAGCAGAUUUGAAAGGUCACUACGGCCCAGUUUGGCAAGUGGCAUGGUCUCAUCCAAAGUACGGGAAUUUAUUAGCAACUUGCUCAUACGACAGGAAAGUCAUCAUAUGGAAGGAAUCUGGUACCUGGUCUAUACUGUAUGAGUAUACAGGUCACGAAUCAUCUGUGAAUUCUAUAGCUUGGGCGCCUCAUGAAUAUGGUCUUAUACUUGCUUGUGGUAGUUCAGAUGGUUCGUUGUCCAUUUUAAGCAGUAAUAGCGAUACGGGAACCUGGGAAGCGAAGAAGAUACCAAAUGCUCAUACCAUCGGAUGCAAUGCUGUUAGUUGGUGCCCGUCAACUGCACCAAAUCCAUUGUUUGAUGCCUCUGCUUCUGGGAAACCAGCUGUGAAUACGAAGAGAUUAGCAUCCGGGGGUUGUGACAAUCUUGUGAAGAUAUGGAAAGAAGAAGGUGAUCGCUGGGUGGAGGAAUCCAAGCUAGAGAUGCACUCAGAUUGGGUGCGUGAUGUUGCAUGGGCACCAUCCAUCGGUCUCCCGAAGAGCGUUAUAGCAAGCUGUUCGCAAGAUCGGCGAGUUGUCAUUUGGUAUAGUGAUGAUUAUGUUACGUGGAAUCCCACAGUGCUCCACACAUUUGAUGAUGUUGUGUGGAAUGUCAGCUGGUCUUUAAUAGGAAACAUUUUAGCUGUAUCAUGUGGUGACAACAAAGUUAGUUUAUGGAAAGAGAGCCCAGAAGGACUAUGGGUAAGCAUAAGUGAGAUUGCCAAAGGACAGGCUCAUAUGGUUGGCAAUGAACAGAGAGCACUUUAAAAGUUGUCGUGUGACCAUAAGAGGAAACAUUUUUGUAACAUUAAACAGUAAUUUGUGGUAAAUGACUUCCUUCCACUCCAUUUGCGGAUAAUACUGUUGUAUACAAUCAUAUGACACCAAAGGAAACAGUAUCCAAAUGUUACAGUGCAUAUGUUCUGUGUAUGAUUCAUGAGUUAGAAACCAAGUAUUUUGUGGCAAAUAUUCACCAACUUUUGAAUUACAUGUUGUUUGUUUAAUAAAUAUUGUUGACCUUA